AUGCAGUGGCGGAAGUUCGCACGGCUGAAAACGACUGCUACCGGACAUUCGCGCACGCGAAGAAUGCUUUGCUGUGGCCGACGAAAGGAAAAUGGAAGAUCUGUGCCUGACCUCACUGCAAGCCCCGGGCGGGCACCGCCGGGUCCGAUGCCUUCCCACCAGGCGCAGGCUCUUCAGCAACAACAGCCGCACCAGCAGCAGCAGGGCCUGCAGGGACACCAUCAGCAGCAGCAGCGCCAGAGCUCGAAGGAACCGGUGCUGUUGCAGGGCGACUUCCGGAAGGUGUCCGGCAUCAGCUCGGAGAUCUUCCGGCAGAUCGAGGCUGUGGAAAAUGAUCACGAUCCAAGCACCGCGGCCGCGUUGGAGGUGGUCGAACGACGGGGCGAAAUGAUAGUGCGCAUCCUCGAGCCACGGUGCAUGGGAAGCCGGCAGGCGAUCGAGGCGGGACAGAAGUUCCUCAACAAGAGUGACGCCAGGCACACGGUGCAGCUUGUGGAGAUCGUGAAACGGCCGGGCCAAACGCUGGGUUUGUACAUCCGCGAGGGCAACGGAGCGGACCGGUCGGAUGGCGUGUUCAUAUCUAGGAUAGCUUUAGAGUCGGCCGUUUACAACAGCGGCUGUCUGCGGGUUGGCGAUGAAAUUCUGGCCGUCAAUCUGGUGGACGUGACGCGGAUGUCACUGGACGACGUAGUCAUCAUCAUGUCGAUUCCACGUCGGCUCGUACUAGCGAUCCGGCAACGACGUGGUAACCGAGGCGCCAACUCACCUGGUCCACCGCAAAUGACCCGACAGGAGCAAAAGCCACCACCAGUCGUCGUGAUCAAGCGUGACCUUCGUGACGAGGAUCUGGACGAUUCGGAUCGAGCACCUCGUUCAGUGCGAUCCUCUCGCGAACGUCGUACUGGAGAUGGUCGUGAAAUGACGGAAUCACGCUCACGUCUCGGGCUUGGCCUCAACAACUACAGUCCGCAGAGUGAGCAGCUUGAUCUCUACUACGGUGGUGGUGGUGGUGGUGGUCGAGGACACGGUGGACACGGAGGUCCUGGAGGUGAGACACCCAGCUGGGGUUACAAACCACCUCCACCACCUCCAUCGGUCAUCACGGAACAACCGAAAGGAAUGGGCCAUGGUGGGUUCCAGACGUCACACGCGUACUACCAGAACGCGGGAACGCUCGAGAGUCUCGCGGAGAAGGUUCACGCUUUCUACCCAUCAGCCACCACCAGUCGGCGUAUGUCGGCGGGACCAGGAGGAGUGGCGAUGAGUCAAUCACAUCAGCGUUUCCCGCGCAGUGGCUCCGAUCAACAUUUGCCACGUGUUGAGUACGCGGACUACGCCUCGUUAGGGCGACAUCCGUUGCUAGCUCGCUCCACGCUCAAGUCCGACUUGGUUGGGGCGGCACCAAUCGCAGGAGGCACUCUCGGUCGGUAUGGACGCUAUGAAACGGGUCCCGGUCCUGGAGGACCUCGAGGACCUAAGUAUGGAGCGGCACCACUCGGUGCAACAGCUUCACUGCAGCGUCGAUCACGCCCGGCUCUCGAUUACUCGAGUGAUACUGAGGCGACGAUUGGACCACGACCUAGCUACUACUACUACAACCACCCGGCAAUGGCCGCUGGAGGUCCUGGUGGUCCAGGUGGACACGCAGGCACGAUGGGUGGACGUGGUAGCACGCAAGCGUUGGGUGGAGGACCCGAGUUCGCCAAGUUUAACUCACUGCCACGCGAACGCCCCGGUGCCAGGUUGGGUCUACGAGGACGCAUCACUGACCGACUGCAGGAUGAAGCUGAUGGGAAUGUGUCAGCGCCUGAGUACUCACUGCCGGUUCGACGUGACAUUCGGGAUCUUCGCAGUCGCAUAACGGCGAGUCCAUCAAUCUUCACGUCGGACGAGUAUCGAGCGUGGUUACGACGAGCACCCAGUAGUUCGGCUAUCUGCGAACAGAUGCGAGCUUCUCGCGAUCUGCUCAAUCAACAGCGCGCCCACCGGUUCUCGUGCAGUGCCGAGAACAUCCACGACGUGCUGAAGAACACCGAGCACAUCUACAGCAGCCGCACUGGGUUGAUGGUGGGUGUUGGUGCGGGUGGUGCUGGUAUGGGUGGAGUUGUAGGUGGUACCCUCGAUCGGCAUGGAUUGGCAGCGGGAGGUCCUCGUAUGUCCUCGUUGCCGGUGAGGUCACUUUCUUCGCAACACAUCGGUGGUCCUGGUUCGAUUCGAUCACCUAGCGUGCGACGCAUGCGACAACUGCUCGAACUAACGCAGGGUGUAGGUGUAGGUGGUCCUGGAGGAGGUGUACCAGGGUCGGUAGUAGCGGCCCUCGCAGGUCACCAAAGUCCAGCACCAACUCCUAGCACGACACUGCCACGCGCUCAUCGUCAGCUGGACAUCAACCCGGCAGAGUACACGAAGUACAAGCUCGAUAAGCCGGUCGUGGAUGCGGCUGGUAUGUCUGGCAUGUUGUGGAUCCACCUGCUAGCUGGCCGGGGUCUACGAGGUGCGAUGUCAGAUGCAGCACAACUUCAGCAGCCUCUUGUGAGGGAUCUCUACUGUGUGCUUGAGUGCGAUCGCAUCCACAAAGCACGUACCGUUGUUCGAUCGGGUGACUUGCAGUUCGAUUGGGACGAGUCGUUUGAACUUGAUCUUGUCUGCAAUCGGCAGCUGGACGUACUCGUCUAUUCCUGGGACCCACAACAUCGGCACAAGCUGUGCUACCGUGGUGCUCUCUCACUUACGACCCUGCUCCGACAAUCACCGAUCCACCAGCUGGCGCUUAAGGUUGAACCGCGAGGUACCAUCUACCUGCGGUUGAGGCACACAGACCCAUUCCAGCUGUUCCGGCGACGUGGUCUACCAAGUCUGCGAGGUAACGUACCCGCUCUGUUUGGAGCCGACCUUGAGACGGUGGUGACACGUGAGUCGAAGGGUGCACCCGGUGGAGCUCCAGUUCCCAUUAUUCUGCGCCGUUGUGUCGAGGAAGUCGAACGACGCGGUUUGGACAUCAUCGGGCUUUACCGGUUGUGUGGAUCUGCCACCAAAAAGCGACUGUUGAGAGAGGCGUUCGAGAGGAACAGUCGGGCAGUGGAGCUGACACCGGAACACGUUCCAGACAUUAACGUCAUCACGGGCGUGUUGAAGGACUAUCUGCGCGAGUUGCCCGAGCCACUGUUCACCAAGUGUCUGUUCCAGAUGACGGUGGAUGCCCUAGGUAGUGUCUGCCUUCCGGAUGAUCCCGAGGGUAACGCCAAGCUGAUGCUUAGCAUCUUGGAUUGUUUACCACGCGCGAACAGAGCCACACUCGUGUUCCUGCUGGAUCAUCUGUCACUGGUGGUGUCCGCAUCUGAGCGCAACAAGAUGUCAGCUCAAGCGCUAGCGACGGCUCUUGGACCACCGCUGAUGCUACACUCGGCGAGCGUUGGUGCGAAUGAGGAAAUUGACCACGCGCAACCGAUCGCGGUGCUCAAGUACCUGCUGCAGAUCUGGCCGCAGCCGGGCACGGGCACCGGUGCUGGUGCGCCUACUUCAGGUCGGCGCGGCGAGCCAGUCGAGCCGCGUGGAAACAAAGCCAGUGCGUUGCCAGCGGGCAAAUCGGCGGCGGCGGCGGCGCUGCAGCCGGGCAGCAACACCCUCAGCAGCAGCAACAGCAGCAACAGCAGCCACCGCAGCAGCAGCAGCUCCAACAUCCAGCAGCAGCUGCACAGCACCAGCAGCACCAACUUGGCGGGCUCUCUCAGCACCAGCCGCAGCCCGCACGCCCUGGCCAGCAGCAGCAGCAGCAGCAACAUCCAGUCGUCGGUUCCACCGGCUAUGCAGCAGCCCCGUUCAGCAGCCAGCAAUCCAUCAGCCACAUCCUCGGCGCUCGGUCCGCAUCUGCUCUCAGCCACUCCCAGCACUCUUCAGUAUCAAUCAGUAGUGGCUCAGUUAGCUCAAUCGCAUCGAGCCUUGCAACAAGCGGGCCCACAGCCCCAUCAAUCGGAGGUCUCAGCGGGCUUGGCGGAGCGCGUCCAAUCGCCACAUCACGCCACACCCUCCCCAAGCUCUAGUUCCACUUCGUCCGCGUCCGGUUCCGGGUCGGGUACUGAUACAAUCAAACGUGGGGCUUCACCCGCUUCUGUUAAGUUCAAGGAGUCCACCAGCAACUAUUCCCUCAAGUCCGACACACAGAGCCGCCUUCUGGCUGGUUCGAAGCAGCUACAGCAGCAAUCGAGUUCGUUGUACUCGUCCGUUUCGAGUGGUAAUGGAACUUCCGGUGUCACCGGGACCAGCACGUCCUAUUCGACGGAUCUGCUGCUCGCCCGCAGUGGCAGCCUGUUUGCGUCCUCUGCCGGAGCCGAUUACCUAUCGUCGACGUCCUCUAUCGCGUCGUCAGUGGCAUCCUCAGCAGCUGGUGCUUCCACGGUUGGUGCAGGUCCAGCUGGAUCCUCCAUGAGUGGCUUAUAUGGCAAGGUAAACGCAACGGCUAGUGGUGUCACUUCGGCACCUGUCACCAGCACGCUUAACAUCACCACGUUCAGCUUGGAUGAGAAGAACAACCUGGUGGUGUCGCCAUCGCCCUCAUCCGCCUCGGAGUCGUCCUAUCGAUCGUCGAGUCCGGCUUCGAGCAUUCAGCGUGACAAAUCCCCCAACAGUCUGGGAGAUAGCUCGCGAGGUGCCCCAUCCGGGUCACCUUCGCCCUUACGCCGUCAGGAUCCGAUCGAACGUGCCGAUAGCCUUCCAGCGACGUCCUCCAGCGUAACGGCGGCUUCGGUGGCUGCGACAACUUCUGCCACUUCCGGUAGCUCGUUCAUGUCGUCGCUACGUAGCCAGACACUCGGUAGCUACCAGUUCCCGUCGAGCAGCCUCAAACUGACCAGCCAACUGAGUGCCGGCGCAUCCGUUGGAGCGGACACUCAGGAUGAAGGCAGCACUUCGUCGUUGUUGCGCAAGCUCACCUCGUCCUUGUCACGCACGAUCGUCAGCAACACGGGCACGUUGCCGUUGUCACUGGGCAGGGAUAAGCUGACGGAGCUGUCGUCCUCGAUGGGACCGUCCUCUGGAGCUAGUGGCGUAUCGUCAGCAGGCGCGUACUCCGGCAGCAGUGGCAUCGGAAGCAUCAGCAGCAGUAUCAGUGGCAGCAUCGGAGGUAGUAGCAGCAGUAGCAGUGGUGUCGGUGGCAGAAUGAGCUCAUCGUUGGGUUAUUCAAGCCUUGGUACUGGGGCAUCAGGACUAGAUGGUAGUUCUUCAGGAGGUGCCAGUUCCGUUACGACGGCCGCGGCUGUGACGAGCAUGAACAUCUACGGCACAUUGCCGAAGAACUCGUCCAUCUACUCGUCGUACGGGGCAGGCUCUGGUACGUCCGUGAGCAGUGCUUCCGGCGGUGGCUUCUCAGGGUUGCUGUCGGGUACGACCAGCUCGUACGGUAUUAGUGACCGAUUGCGUGCGCUCACUUCCGGUGGUGCUAGUGCCACUGAAGGGUCGGCAGGUUCCACUAGCAUGGAUAGUGGAGCCACCACAGGGUCUUCGGCAGGUGAUCUCGAUAGCAGCGGGUACGAUUACGAGUCAUCCGGGUUUUCAUCCGCUUCGUACAGCGGCAUGGCCACGAGUGGGGCUUCGAUUGGUUCCGGUUCCGGUGGGUUGUCCUCGUCGUAUUUCAGCACCGGAAGCAGCAGCAGCCCGUUUGCCACGGUUACCGGUGGUAGCGGUGGUUCCGGUGCUGGCUCUGCUCCUGCGGAAACGAACCCUUACCGGGUGCAGUACUCCUCCACAAAUCCUUUCCUGCCCAGCUUCAACCCUGCGAGUAGUGACGGUAGUAACGGGCGGGCCGAUUUGAAAGCGUCACAUGAUGACGAGCCGUUCGACAUGAAAUAA